GCGGGGCCACUACGUUUGGCGCGAAAUUUUAUUCUCUCCACCUUGUUUCCAUUCCUCGCAAGGAGCCGGCUUCCGCUCCGCCGUGCGGCUCGGUGGCUGCAAGAGGAGUCCAUCUGGUGCAGGCGAGAGUUGCUGCAGCUCCACGAGCUCCAGAAGCGGAGACGGUGGGGAGUGGAGGGUUUGCGCCUAGCUUCAGGAAAUUUCAGCGCCCGCCUAUUUUGCCAGAUUCAUUGAGGAAAGGUUACAAGUUUACUUCUGAACAGUUCUGUACUACCUCAGCCAUUAAAAGGAACAUAUAUUGAAGCUAUUCACAAUACUUAUAUCUAAGAUCUGUCAGCUGCAAAGAAAAAUACCCCUUACAACUGCCAGAACAGUACAGGAGCCAUGGCAUACUACACUACAAGGCUGAAUACCAGACGAACUUAUUCGUGGGUUGGCAGGCCAUUGUUGGAUCGAAAACUACACUAUCAAACCUACAAAGAAAUGAGUGUGACAUUAGAACAUUGUUCAACUAAGAUUCACAUCCAAGUUGGACAGUUUGUGUUGGUUGAAGGGGAUGAUGAUGAAAAUCCAUAUGUUGCUAAACUGAUUGAGCUGUUUGAAGAUGAUUUUGAACUUCAUUCCAAGAAACGUGCUAGAGUUCAAUGGUUUAUCCGGUUCUGUGAACUCCCUGUCUAUAAACAGCAUUUGCUGGGCCGAAAGCCUGCUGAACAGGAGGUAUUCUGGUAUGACUACCCUGCCUGUGACAGCAACAUUAAUGUCGAGACCAUCAUUGGCUCUGUGCGGGUAAUAGCUUUAGCACCAGAUGCAGUGAUACCUACGGAUCUGAAAAAUGAGAAGACACUCUUUGUGAAACUAUCUUGGAAUGAGAAGGAAUUCAGACCACUAUCUCCAGAACUAUUUGCGGAAUUGGAUAAGCUACAAGAAGGCAGUCCUAGAUGCCAGAAGCCUGUGGGAGCCAAGACUAAGAGCACAGAAAGCCCGUCUUGGACCACAGCAGAGCAUAUGGUCAAAAGGAUUGAAUCGAGGCACUCUACCUCCAAAUCUCACCAAACUCCUAUACACCCUGUCACCCCAAGGGCAAGGAAGAGGCUAGAGCUUGGCAGUUUCCCUAGGACACCUAACACUAAGAUUUCCCAGGAAUUGUGGACCUCUUCACAUUCUCCCAAAAGAACUAAAUGGGAAAAGGCCUUCUCUGCGACCACUACACCAUCUAAGAGGUCUCAGCCUGAUGUACUUCAGACCUUGUCUCCGGCUCUGAAAACCCCUGAGAAAACUAGAGAGCUUCGACGCUCUCGCACUGAGGACAAGGCAGCGUCACGGGAAUGUCACAUGAUCCUGAGAGCCCGAGGCCCCCCUUUGAAAACCACAGAGAUUAGUGAGGAAAGAACACUUCUCUCUCCCAGAGGAGGAAAGAGACCCUUGGCGGUGCCUUCUGUGAUUCUGAAACCAGAAAAGAUCGAAAAGAGGGAGACAAAAGGAACCGAAGAAGCUCAGGAUGAAACUACCUCUACCACCCGUCGUUUCCGCAGAAAGAGUUCUCUCUUGACUUUGAAUCGGAUUAGGCAACAGCUUCGGUUUUUAGAUAAUAAUGACAGUGACCAGGAAGAUGGAGAGCUUCUGCUGGCAGCAAAGAUUUCAUACUCUAGCAAUGAGGAGGAAGAAGCUUCCACGCCUCCCCUUCGAAGGAGAACACCAGAUUGUGUGUCCAGGAACCUACGCUCUUCUGUGAAAUCGUCCCUACAGACCCCCUCCAGGACACCAAAGAAAACCCCCAAGCCUAGAAUGCCAUGUCAUGCCACUCCCCGGAUCCGCAGCCGAAACCUGGCUGCCCAGGAUCCGGCCAGCGUGCUGGAGGAGGCCAGGCUGAGGCUGCAUGUUUCUGCGGUACCUGAGUCUCUUCCCUGUCGGGAACAGGAAUUCCACGACAUCUACAACUUUGUGGAAAGCAAACUCCUUGACCACACUGGAGGGUGCAUGUACAUCUCCGGGGUCCCUGGGACAGGGAAGACUGCCACUGUGCACGAGGUGAUACACUGCCUUCAGCAGGCAGCACAAGCAAAUGAUGUUCCUCCCUUUCAAUACAUUGAAGUCAACGGCAUGAAGCUGACGGAGCCUCACCAAGUCUACGUGCAAAUACUGCAGAAGCUGACAGGCCAAAAGGCAACAGCUAACCAUGCUGCAGAACUCCUGGCAAAGCGAUUUUGCACCCAAGGGUCCUCUCAGGAAACCACUGUGCUGCUUGUGGAUGAGGUAGCAGCUCUCUCUGGAGAUGCACGACGCUGCCUGGACAUUUGUAGGCGUGCCACAGAGAUCUGUGAGUUCUCCUGCCAGAAGCCUGGCUCCGCUGGCCUGGUCACCAUAGGCCACUUACUGGAAGCAGUAGAUGAAAUGUUUUCGUCGUCAUACAUCACUGCCAUCAAAAAUUCCUCGGUUCUGGAACAGAGCUUCUUGAGAGCCAUCCUUGCAGAGUUCCGUCAAUCAGGGCUGGAGGAAGCAACAUUUCAACAGGUAUACAGGCAACAUGUGGAACUGUGUAGGAUGGAGGGACUCCCAUACCCCACCAUGUCAGAGACCAUGGCAGUGUGCUCUCAUCUGGGCUCCUGCCGCCUCCUCCUCGUGGAGCCCAGCAGGAACGACCUGCUCCUUCGUGUACGGCUCAAUGUCAGCCAGAAUGAUGUGUUGUAUGCACUGAAAAAAGAGUGAAGGGCCUCACAAGGCAGGACUGCAAUUUUUAAAGAGCCUGAUUUUCUUUUUCUAAACACAUGUAAUUGUUGUGGCAAAUCAUUCUAAAUGGA